AUGUUGAAGCUAAUGUGGUCACCAUGGUGGGAUGUUGAUGAAGCAAAAUUUGUGACCCCUUUAGCCCUACUGUUUACUCUCUUCUGGUACCUGUUGACUUGGAAAAAGUCAAGGAAACCAACAACUCCAUUGCCACCAGGCCCUCGUGGCCUGCCCCUGCUAGGGUACCUUCCCUCUUUAGGUACCGACCUUCACUACGACUUCACAAACUUGGCAAAAAUCUACGGCCCUAUUUACAAACUCAAGCUAGGUAGCAAACUAUGCUUUGUGAUCUCAUCACCAACUCUUGUGAAACAAAGUGCUUCGUGA